AUGGCGGCUCCGACAAAGGACUUUGUUUUCUGUGCGAACAUAAUAGGCAAUGGCGGCUCCGGCAAAGAGCCACCAGAUGGUGGUGGCAGUGGUCAAACACGAGUCUCUUUUAAAGAAAUGGCUAUGGCAAAUAGGGAAGCACUACCCCAGCGACCAAAAGUGGACCUAAUCAAGGAAAAAUUGGCCAAAAUAGUCUUUGAGGAUGAUAAUCCCUUGAAGCCUAUUGUUCAUAUUGAUGAUUCUAUUUUCAAUGGCUUAUGUGCCCCAUGGCAGGAUGCGUUGGUGGUUAAAUUGCUCGGGAAGAAUAUUGGUUUCCAGGCGAUGAAGGAUCAUUUGACACGCAUUUGGAAACUUGUAGCAGGAUUUGAUAUUCUUGACAUUGGCAACCAUUUCUACAUGGUCAAGUUUGAUACUACUGAGGAUAGGCAAAAGGUGAUUGAGGGAGGACCCUGGAUGAUUUUUGAUCAUUACCUAACAAUUCAAACAUGGACGCCGGACUUCAUUUCACCCACGGCCAAGAUUGAUAAAACUAUGGUAUGGGUUCGCUUUCCAAGUUUGAAUUUGAUUUAUUAUGAUGAGAAUAUUUUGUUGGCUUUGGCUAGGGCUAUUGGUACCCCUAUCAAGGUUGAUUCAAACACCUUAGAUGUUAGAAGGGGACAUUUUGCAAGAAUUUGUGUCCAGAUUGAUUUAAAUAAACCUGUGGUGGGUAAGGUUGGUUUGAAGGGAUACUGGUAUAAGAAGAAUUUGAGUGCUCCGACGAAAUUUAAUGGCCCAAAAAUUCCUGCGUCAAUUACUCAUGCAAAUAAUUGUGGCAAUAAUGGGACGGUUGCGCAAGUUAAUGCAAUUACUGGCAAAGAUGUUGCCAAUAAUGAAAAGGAUGUUUUGCAUGGGGAGUGGCUCGUAGUUAAGCGCAAACCUAGUAAUAAAACCAACAAGAAUCAAGCCAAGGGGAAUAAAGAUGGGAAUCCUAAAAAUCAGCGCCAAUCUCUUCUAAAUGAGAAGAAAGAGAAGAUUAAUUCGAUCACUUUAAAUGCUCAUGAUACUGCAAGUGGGUCCCAUACAGAUGUUGCACCAACAACAGUGGAGAGAUCAUCCAAUGGGAAACAAAAGAAUAAAAGAGUAAGAAGGGAUACAGUUACAAUCCCAAGAGUCAGCCAAGACCCAAGGAAGCAGAUCAUAAUUGAGAAGACUAUUAUCAAUAAACCCAAACCAAUCAAUGGGGAACACGUGGGCCCUUCCAACCACCCAUCAAGACAAGUGAUAUAUAAUGCGGGCUAUGGAAUCAAAUCGACGGUCCCUAUGCAAGCUUUAUCACCAAACAGAUUUAUCAUUCUGAAUGAUGAGGAACCAGUUGCCCAAAAUAUGGACAUCAUUGCAGUUGACUCACAAGAGCAUAUGGGCCAACAUGAUAUGGUUCUAGAGACACCUCUUGAGGGUCAACCCGCUGCAACGUAG